AUGAUUGGACGAGCCGUCGACGUAGAAAUACCGCGUGCUUGUGUGAGUGACGAGAACCAGAAGCUUCCCUUUUGCAACACCUCCCUCUCCACAACAGAGCGCGUCGAAGACCUUUUGGCGCGCUUGCCGUUGGGCGAGAAGGCCAUUCUGCUAACGGCUCGUGCUAGUCCGCGCGGAAACAUGACAAGCAUUGGUCUCCCAGAGUAUAACUGGGGUGCUAAUUGCGUGCACGGCGUCCAAUCAACAUGCGGUACCAAUUGUCCGACAUCAUUCCCAAAUCCCGUCAAUAUGGGUGCAAUCUUCGACCCUGAGGCAGUGCGUGAGAUGGCACAAGUCAUUGGCUGGGAGGAGGCCCUCACCUCGGAUUGGACUGCUGGUCACCCAACAUUAACAUCAACCGAGACCCUCGCUGGGGGCGCAAUACCGAGACACCGACUUCAAGAAGGAAAAAGAGAAGAUUCGCGAUACCUUCAAGCUGUUGUCACACUCAAACAUUACAUCGCUUACUCGUACGAGAAUUACGGUGGUGGUAACCGAAAGGAAUUCGAUGCUAUCGUGUCACCGUAUGACUUCGCGGACACGUACUUCCCCGCUUUCCGCUCCUCGAUCGUUGAUGGCAACGCGACGGGUGUCAUGUGUUCGUACAACAGCAUCAACGGGGUCCCAACGUGCGCGAACAAUGCUGACUCCGGAGCAAUCGAAGCCAUCUCCGAUCGACACCACUACGUCGCCACACGUUGUGAAGCUGCACGAAUCGCCAUCCUUGCCGGCACGGAUGUGAAUAGCGGCAGGCUCUUCGGGUACAUGAAGUGCUUGCCAGAGCUGGUACGAAGCAACCAACUCGAGGAAAAGGCGCUAGACGACGCUCUGCGCCAUACGCUGAAACUUCGAUUCGAGCUCGGUCUCUUCGAUCCCAUCGAUGACCAACCGUAUUGGCACGUGAAGCCGAGCGAUGUGAACACACCCAAAUCCCGGCAGCUGGCUCUUAAUCUCGCCACAAAGUCGAUUGUUCUGCUUCAGAAUAACAACUCAGUGCUACCAUUGCGUAAGGGCACAAAACUUGCAGUCUUGGGUCCGCACGCAGAGUCUAAACGGGGCCUGCUGGGUAACUAUCUUGGCCAAAUGUGCCAUGGUGGGUAUAGCGAAGUGGGGUGCAUUCAAACACCCAUGGAAGCUGUCUCGACUACGAAUGGUGCUGCUACUUCAACGUAUGCUCUUGGCUGCAACAUAUCGGGCAACUCAACGGACGGGUUCGAAGAAACUAAAGUAAAGGUGACGCAAGAAGCUGAUGCGGUUGUACUUUUCCUUGGGAUCGACACCUCAAUUGAGGAGGAGGUGAACGAUCGCAACGACAUCAAACUGCCAAGUAUUCAGAUGCAGCUUCUUCAGCGUGUUCGCGCUGUAGGCAAGCCCACAGUUGUGGUACUUAUCAAUGGUGGCGUACUGGGGGCAGAAGACUUGAUCUUGCAAACCGAUGCACUGGUAGAGGCCUUUUACCCUGGUUUCUUUGGAGCACAAGCCAUGGCCGAUGUUUUGUUUGGCGAUGCGAAUCCGAAUGGUAAAUUACCUUAUGAACAUGACUGCGAUCCCCGGUCGUUCGUAUCGGUACUUUAA